AUGGCCGAAUUGGAAUUACAUGAUAAAUCUUCACAGAUAUGGAACUUAGACGAAACGAGUUUUUGCAAAGACCCCAGUAAAACCAAAGUAGUGGGUUUGAAAGGAUAUGCUUCUACUAGAACUAUUGCAUCACCUGGCAAAAGCAACACUACGGUUUUACUGGGAAUUAGUGCCGCUGGAGACAAAACUCCCCCACUAAUUGUUUAUAAAGGGAAAGACAUUUGGGACCAGUGGAUGACUAAGGAUGACUAUCCUGGGACUAGUGAAAGUGAUGCUGACUUAGAACUAAUGGAUGAAAGUGAUCUAGAAAAUUUAGAAGAUAUGUUAGAUAAUAAGGAAAAGGAUCUAGAAAACUACAAAGAAAUUUUAGAUGAUGUGGAAAAUUAUCAAAAUGACGAUUUACAAACAGAAACAAAUAAUUCGGAUGAUUAUGAUGAUCUGCCCACCAGUACUGUUGUUACAGGACAAUGGGUUUUGGUCAACAAAAUCAAGCUUAAAACAUUAUGUCGGAAUAGUUUCAAGUGUAAACCAUGA